GGUCACCAGCAGACAAAGCACAGGCGCCUGGCCAACUCUCUCUCUAAAAAAGACUUUCUCUCUCUAAAAACUCUUUCAGAUCUCUUCCUCCUCCAUGCUCCUCCCUCCCUAGCCACCAUCGCCACCACCGCCACCACAACCGCCUCCGUUCACUUUUUUUUUUUUAUCCCAAUUUUGCCCCCAACCAUCUCCAAAAUUUCCCAAAUUCACCAACCAUGAAUGACUUCUCAGGCCUCUUAGCGCCCGAUUUCGGAUACAAAUCCCAAUCCAAAUCGGCCCCAAUGUCCUCCUCCAAGCCCAGUUCCCGCGGACCCACCAGAUCGCCUUGGAACGCCGCUCCGGACUACUUCGAUUCGCUCUUCUCCUCCUCAUCAGAUGGCCGUGGAGCGCCAUCAUCAUUGAUCAAUUUCGAUUCGAUAUUUGGUGGGUCAUCUGGGUCGGGGUCAAAGCAAUGUCGUUGCUUGUUUACGAUAAGCCGGUAUACGAUUAUGAUAUUUUCGAUGGCGUGCCGGGGCUGAAUACCUCGGGUUCGGUGAACUAUGAUGUGUUUUCGACGGUUUCGGGAUCGAAGCAGAAGCAAAACGAUGCGUUUGAUGAUCUUUUUGGGGGUUUUGGGAGGAAGGAUCCGGAGCCGAAGAGAUCCGGAAAUGUCGAGGAUGUUGGGUCUGGAUUUGAUGAUUUGCUUCAUGGGUUUGGUCGGAUUAGUCCUCCAAGUAAUAGGCCGACAACGGACGUCAAUUGGGCACCAAAAUCAACUGUUAAUGCCACUAAAACAACCUCCAAUGUGAUUGAAGAUCCGUUUGUAGUACUUCAACCCCUACUCUUUCAUCCUCGACGUUGUUUAGUGAUCCAUUAGAGGAAAUUAGUAAGCUCAGUAAUUCUGGAAGUACCAGAGUUGAUGGUUCAUCUGCUGUUGGUGGGGGAGCAUUUAAUGAUUUAGAUCCCCUUGAUGGCCUUGGAAAAUUUGCAUUUCCAUCUGAGAUGAAUAAGAGGGGAAAGAAUAGGAGUCCUUCAAGCACAGAACCAACAAGUGAGACUCAAACUUUUGCUACUAAGGAACCAAUUGAAAAAUCCUCGGUUGAGGGUCAGGAUAGCCACUCUCAAAAGAAGAUGCCUGCUGAAAAUUAUUGGGAAUCUCUUCAAACCUUGUUUGACAUUCCUACAGUUUCCACAGAUUCUCAUAAAUCUUUCAGUCAGACGCCUUCUCCUCCUUCACAUGUAAAUGCUACUCCUAAUGAAACAAAUUCCCAGGGAGAGAUGUCUCCUAGAUCUAAAGAGAAUUAGUCUUCAUCUGAUGAUGUGUGGCUCACUGUAUCAGAUAUUCCUCUCUUUACACAACCCACCAGUGCUCCACCACCUUCAAGACCCCCGCUCCAAGACCAACUCAAGUUUCAAGGGCAGAAACAGGUUCUUUUGGUUCCAAUAAUGCAAGAAAGAAGGUUAAUGAGUUUUCUUCCUUUGCUAAUUCUUCUCAGUAUUCUCAAAGUCCUAAGUUGACCCGUGGGACAAUGAAGAGCUCGGCUGUGUCUCAAAUCGAUGAACUUGAAGAUUUUGCCAUGGGUAGGACUCGGAAUAAUGUUGAUGGCCAUGCAGAGGGUCUUUAUGGUGAUGAAUUUGAGACAAACUCGGUUGCUGCUGCAUCUACUGCUCCUAUGAAGGAGGCAAAGUGCAAAAGCUUCUAGAAGUAAAGAAGCUGGCCAGUUGGAUAGAGAUGAGAAAGCAAUGCAAGAUGCUCAGGAGAGAGCAAUCAGAGAAAAACAGGAGAGAUUAGAACGCGAGCAGCAAGAGAGGGAAAGAGAAGAGGAAGAGAGGGAGCAAAGGAGACUUGAGAGAGCAAGGGAAAUUGAGGGGAAAAGGGAGGAGAAAGAGAGAGAACAGAGGAGACUUGAGAAGGAGAGGGAGCGAGCAAGGGAGAUUGAGAGGGAAAGUUUGCCGCCAUUCUUUAUUUCUAUAUGCAAAACCUUCAACCAUUAGCCACAUGUUUUCAAAUCUUUUGCCUUUUCUCACUCCUCCGCAAUCUAAGAAAAUGG